UCUUUCCUCACUUAAUGAAAAAAACCUGAUCCCUCAUCUUCCUCUUUCUUCACCUCUCAUUUACUCCUCUUCUCAUUUCCAUCGUCGCUUAACAUGACUUCGUUCUCUCUAUCGAUUGAAAGCUCCUCAAUCUCAAGAAAGAAAAGCUCAGCCACUUUUGAUUUUGCUAGCAUGACAUUCUUAGCGGCCGCAAUCCCUCCUUCGUCGCCAUCGUUCAGUCGAUCAAUUCCACCACGACCUUCAGACUACUCAAUAUGAUGAAGGUAUAGGAGUCAUCAAAGUGUUGAUUUGGGUUGGCUUGUAAGUUGUAGGAAGCUUCUUUGAGAGCUUGGACGAUUUGGAGAAGCUGAGUGGUGCGAUGGUUGGGCGUGGGGGGUCUUCCAUGGAUAUAGCGGAGAGGAGGGAGAGAGAGAGAGAUUGACGAAGAAGAAUGAACUUGAAUAUUUGGGUACAGGGUUUGGUGUCUAAAGAAGAAAAGCUGUUUUUUCGCUUGUGGAAGGAGAUUUAGAAAUUGGUAGACUCCAAAAACAUUGGCACCUGGGAUACAUGUAAUUGCUUUUUUUUUUUUUUUUUUAACGCCAUUUGGCUACCACAUGACGGCCAAAAUCAAAUGCACACUUACUAACGGUGGUAACAUGGCAAAAUUUUUGUUUUUUCCCCUUCGAAGUUUUGAGGUAAAAUUACUUUUAACAGAAGUUUAAUAUAUUAUUGGACAAAAAAUUUUAAGGCAUUUUUGUUCUCCACUCAGUUUCUCUCAGUUUAUUUUUAUUCUCUCUUUCAUAAGCUUUUUGAGCUAAGCCGCGAAUGAAUCGGACAGGCCGGUUUCAAAAUUCUCACACGAGCACAAACUCAGACUCCUCUCAACCCAUGGUAUAAAAUUCAUCAAUUCUUCAAUCUUUCUUCCAGAACAGAACUAAGACAACAUUUCUACUCGCCUCUUUCAUUCUUUGAACACCUGAACUGUGAAUUAUGCCUCUACCACCGUCUCGGCACCCGCCGGCUUGCCGUCUUCACCCUAAGAUUUGGCUAGCAUGCGCUGGCACUUCCGUUCAAAUACCUACGCUGCAUUCCAGGGUCUAUUACUUCUCUCAAGGCCACUUGGAGCAAGCCUACUCGGCUCCCCCAUCCCUCUCCCGUUUUCUCCUGUCCAAGCCCUUCAUUCAUUGUCGCUUCUCCUGUGUUGAAUAUCUCGCUGAUCCUGUUACAGACGAUGUCUUUGUCAAGCUUGUCCUCCAUCCGCUCAGUGAUUUCGACGCCACUCGCGACCACUUUCGUCCUGUCGGCGAAUCAGCCGAAGCACAGGGCGAUUUCAAUGUCGGGUCGUUUGCCAAGGUUCUGACGCCUUCUGAUGCUAACAAUGGUGGUGGAUUAUCUGUUCCAAGGUUCUGUGCUGACUCCAUCUUCCCGCCGUUGAACUUACAAUCUGAUCGGCCGAACCAGACAUCAGCCGUCACUGACGUUCACGGCGCCGACUGGGAGUUUCGUCACAUUUAUCGAGUGACACCUCGGCAGCACUUGCUCACUACUGGAUGGAAUAAGUUUGUCGAUCACAAGAAGUUGAUUGCCGGUGAUUCCGUGGUUUUCAUGAAGAAUUCCGCGGGGGAUAUGUUCAUUGGGAUUCGUAGAGCUCUGCCAUUCGGUGCUGGGAACCGUGGCAUUUGGGCCGGAAGUUGCGCCGAGAUCGGUGGCGUGAAAACUAAGGUUGAGGAGGAGCAGCAGGAAGAUUGCUAUACUGUUUUAGGAGAAUUUUCGAGGAAUGGGAGGGGAAAGUUGUCCGCCAAGGCAAUAGCGGAGGCAGCAGAAUCGGCAGCACAGAACAAGCCGUUCGUGGUUGUGUAUUAUCCUCGGGCAGGAUCGUCGGAAUUUGUGUUGAAGGCGGAGGCCGUGGAGGAAGCGCUGAAAGUCAGAUGGACUCCUGGAAUGAGAGUCAAAAUGGCUAUGGAUACUGAGGAUUCGUCCAGGACGGCCUUGUUUCAGGGCACGGUCUAUUCGGUAGAUCACGGGCAUCGGCCAGGUUCUCCUUGGCGCAUGCUUCAGUGGACUACCGUUUGCUUCUACUCAUUUUUUAUGUCCGCGUACAAGAUUACAUGGGAUGAGUCUGAAGCGUUGCAGAAUGCAAAGCGGGUCAGCCCUUGGCAGGUUGAACAUAUUUCCCAUUCACCCCUGCUUCACAUAGUUUUUCCCCCAGAAAAGAAGUUUAAAGACUCUCAGUAUGCUGGGUUGCCAAUUGAUAGAGAGGAAGACCCCUCAUUUACCACGACUAGAUUCACUAAUUCAGCAGUGACACGCUUGAAUCACUCAUUGUUGAAGGACAAUACUUUUCCUGCAGGCAUGCAGGGAGCCAGGCAUGAUCUAUCUUCUGUGUGGAGAUUUUCAAACUUACUAAAUGAUAACACUCAUCUUUGUGCUGCUUGUUCUUAUGUGAAGUGCUCAGUGCCUGAGUUGAAAACCGUGUCAACAGAUUUACACAUUGGCAGUUCUCAGUCAGGCAACUUGUCACCUGAUAGUAAGAGUAGAAUUCACUCCAUUGGCAGACAGUUUGCUGGGGCCCAUUGCUGCAACUCAACGAAACUUGGUGCUGGUUCAUUUCAGCUAUUUGGUAAGGUAAUUCAAAUGAAUCAGCCGGUUGAAAGUGGCUUGCAUGGUGCUGAUUUAACUGGAAAUAAGGUUUGCAAUGCAUCUGAAUGUACUGACAAGCCGCUGGAUCAUUCAACUUACGCAAAAUUGGUCAACAGGUUUGAUGUUCAGCGCCAAAAAGCAUCACUAGCUAGCUGGAAACUGACUACUCUUGGUGUCGUGGUGGUAGUGUUAUAUCUGGAAUCUGGAACCAUAAGUCUUACGACAGAGGGAUAUGGCAUUGUGUUGAUACAGUACACUUUCUUUUGGGAUGUGUCAGCCACUUCCUCCUCCUCCUCCUCCUCCUUCUCCUCCUUCUUCUGUUUUUUUUUUUUGGGGGGGGGUGUUUAAAGGUUAGAAUCGUUAAGUAUUUGUGGUGAAUGAACAGCUCAGAGUAUCUUAAUAUAGUACUAUGAUUGUAUGCAGUAACGGACCAGAAAAUUUAAUUAAUGGGGGCAAAUUUUGGACCAAGUAUAAAUAUGAAAAUAUUAUAUUAUAUUUUUAAAUAUUUAUUAAAUUAAUAUAAAAAUAUUUACUAAAAUUA